AAUUACACAACUUGACGUAGAUUUGUGCGAUUUGCUAAUGAUUUCCAAGUUGAAGUUACAAAUAAUAGCGCUGUGGUAUGUUGGAAAACCUGAUAUUCAAUCUCAUAUAGCUUUUGGAAAAAAAUGGCGUUUGCCAACUAUGGAUUCCAUUCGGGAAAAGAACGAGUCAGAGCGUUUUUACCUCUUCCGGUAGCACCGCGCGCCACCUCGACUCCAUUACAGAGCGUGCAACAGAAUGUCGACAUCUUCGUCAUACCGCCGACACCGGUAGCGCCGGUGCUUACGAGGGCCGUGAGCUUCCACUGCACCGAGCCGGACUUCGACGCUUUGUUUGACAACCCGCAGCAUUUCCGAUUUGGAUAUAUCGGUGGUAGUUUUGACGAGGGAACUCUGGACUAUGGGAACAGCCGCCUUUCAGACACUCAUUUGACCCCUUAUAUCGAUGUGGAUCCCGGCGUUCAUCUGGGUCACUUCUCGGAGACGCGAAGAAAUUCAAUAGCCCGGUCGGACAGCAUCAUGAACCUCUCCUUCACUGACAUGGUGCGAAAGAACUCCGAGCAUUCGCAGGGAUUUAUGGGCUUCCGGAAACGAAUGGCCACAGAGAUAAAUCACAAAUACUGCUCAUAUUUUCGCUGCGAUGAUACUGUUUUCAUCUUCCUGCAUGUUGUGUUUGGAAUAGUCUAUCUCUCUGCAGGCGUUUUGGGAAUGGCCCGCUGCUACGGCGACGUUAACGUCAACGUAUAUCUGAUAGCUGACGGCGUCCUGUCUGUGUUCCUGUUUCCCAUCAACGUCAUGGAGUGGACGAGACACGUGGGCGGAUGCUUAGAGACCGUGAACAGGAGCAAUGGAGGGAUGAUCUAUGUAGUGAUUCUAAUCAUGAGGACCAGUGCUGUUGCAUUAGGAACGCUGUUAGUUUUUCACGGAAUGCACGGGAUUCCACACGAGAACCUCGUGUGCGUUGUGGUACCAAUCCUUCUGACAGUGGGUGUGUCACUUGAAUGGGCGUUCCUUGUGUUGGCCGUCCUGCUGCCAUUCUGCGUAUACGCCCUUAUGUACUGUGUGGCAUGUCGCAGACGUUCGGAUAUGUCUGCCCUAGCGGACAAUAAUAAUAACAUAGAAACUAAUGGCGUGUAUCGCGUAAACACGGACUAAGAAAGGCUUGUUGGAGUUCGUUCAUCAUGCAAAAGCGAACGGAAUUCGCUGUGAGUUUCUCUAUAAGUGCGCUAUGUCCGUACUUACAUAUUUUAUCACAGUACAAUACACUCCAAAAAUGUGUCUUAAAUUCGCGGUUGUCGUGCAUAAAAUAGCAAUAAAAAUAAAAAUGAAGUGAGAAUAA